CCAGCCUAUAUAAAGCCAGAGCCGUCGACGAUGCUCCCGACGAUAUCUAUUCUUCUUCUUCGCCGUCGCCGACGAGAUAUCUCGCAACCCUCCGCCCCGAACUUAUCGUAGCCCCAACGAACCACCGCGCAGGUUACCCAUCCUCGUAGCCUAACCGCCUCGUAGAAACCUUCUUCUUUUUCGCCCAAGAUGCCAGACAUUGACUUCACCCUCACGGAUGCGUUCCAGUGCCGCGCCAUCGUGGGGCCCAACGGCGGCCACUGCAACGCGAUCACCAGGAUCAACCAAGGGAAGUGGGACCCGCCGUGCAAGAACUGCGGCCUGCGGCCCAAGGUCAGCGACUACUCGAUCAAGUACGUGGCCAUGCCGGGCCCGUCGGUGCAGGUGACUGUCAACGGCGAGUGGGCGAGCAGCUCCGAGGUCGUGUACAACUAGAGCGACAUGGAGGAAAUUGGAGCGUGGGGCAGGAGGAACACCAGGCGUUGAUGCUGGAAUGGAAUUUUGAGAAUGGCUUAGCAAGCAGACGGGGGCGGGGAGGGGGCUUUCAUUGUAUUGUUUUGCGGAUGAAGCAUG